AUGGACGGCACCAUGAACGCCACUGCCAACACCGGCAACAUUAUCGAGGCUAGAAUCCUGGCCACAAGUCCUUCUCACCUUAUCAAGAAGCACCUAAGCGACUGGUCCCUCACCCUCACCCUCACCUCACCAGGCCCCAGAGCAAUUAUUGCAAGGAGCUGGAGCUCGAGACGUGAGUCCUCGGUCGACCCCGAGGACCUCGCCAUCGUGACGGGCAACAUGUCAGAGGGUCGCUCUGCGGAUGAGUGUACCGUCGAGGAGGUUGAUGAUGACUUCUCACUGUGUACGAACGACGGCUCGCCCCGUUACAAACCAGAGGGUUAG